AUGAAUCCUCUAGCAGGGGGUGAGGAAAUAGUGGUCAGCUUUCACGCCUUCAUCCCUACCAGUACGCUACACCACCAACCAACCACCAUCAGGACUCUAGACUGCAAAAUGGGCGACAAGAAACUGUCCCCGCUCACCCAUUUCCCAACAACCCCCUAUUCCGAGCCCCUUCUUCCACAACUUGCCAUUCCCAAUCCCUACUACACCUCUACACACCACGCCCUCCGCGCCUGGGUCCGAAAUUAUGUAGACACGCAUAUCGCACCUUACGCGCAAGAAUGGGAAGAAGCUGGCGAGAUCCCGCCUCAUGUAUACAAAACACAUUGCGAGCACGGAUUCGCCAUUGUCCACCCACUCACCACACCAGAAGACUCUGCGAACCUGACUUUGCCCGGCGGUGUGAAAAGGGAAGAAUGGGAUACAUGGUGCGGACUCAUUGUCGCGGAUGAACUGAACCGACUUGGUUUCGUCGGUGUGAUCUGGGGCCUUGGUGGUGGAAACUCAAUCGGGUGUCCGCCUAUUGCGCGCUUUGGGACGGCCGAGCAACGGCGAAGGUGGCUGCCGAAGGUCGCCAAGGGAGAGAUCAGGUUUUGUUUGGGGAUUACGGAGCCGGAUGCUGGCUCGGACGUCGCAAAUAUCCGCACCACCGCGGUCCGUCAAGGCGAGUACUACGUCGUCAAUGGGUCAAAGAAGUGGAUUACGAACGGGAUCUGGGCGGAUUAUUGCACUGCUGCUGUGCGGACUGGUGGACCCGGACGGGGUGGGAUUAGCUUGCUGGUUAUCCCACUGAAAGCGGAGGGAGUUACUAGGAGGAGGAUGCAUAAUUCGGGAGUAAAUGCGAGCGACUUCAAUCCUGAGCGGCUUUCCCUAGCCUGCGCCUCCCUACGUCUCGCGCGUGUCUGUGCGGAAGACGCCUUCAACUACGCCACGCAACGCUCAACAUUUGGGGCUCCCCUGAUAACCCGACAAGCGAUCCAGGCAAAGAUUUUCAAGUUUGGGCUCCUAAUUGAGCCCGCGUACGCAUUCAUGGAGCAGCUGGUCAACAUCUUAGAGAAGACAAAGAAUGAGCCUAGAGAUGACGUGAGAAUUGGCGGAAUGACAGCGCUCUUAAAGGUCAUGUCCACGAGGGCGCUCGAGAAGAGUGUGCGCGAAGCGCAGCAGAUUCUCGGCGGGGCGGGGUAUAAUCGGGCAGGGAAAGGGGCGAGAAUUGAACAGAUUAGCCGUGAUGCCAGGGUUCAUGUUGUCGGAGGCGGGAGUGAGGAAAUCAUGAUGGGUUUGGCGCUGCAGGAGGAGAUGAAGGCGCUGACGACGAGGAAGCGGGCGUUGGAGAGGAAGAAGAAUCUUGUGGGGGACAUCCCUGUAAGGCGCUGGUUUGGUGCACUCCAGAUACACAUGACCGGAACGGGCCGUCCCUUUCAUGUUAAGCUGUAG